ACUGACCACGAAGCGAUCCUCGCUUCCGGUCAGCCUACCUGCACAGGCUGCCGGCGAUCGUACAGGCGCCAGGAGAGCGAAGCGGUUGAAAAAAAGGAGAUUCUGAAGCGACGCAUGCCCGAAUCAGAUGAGAUCGGUGCGGUGUACCGGAAGCUGCGGCUUUGUCUGGGCCUUUUCGAGCACGCGAGUAAAAACGAUGAAGCGGAAGAAGACGACGAAGAGAAGAGGCAUCGAUUACGGUGGUGUCACAGAGGCUUCCGACGAAUCGUGGAAGUGGCGACGAGGGCUCUGCUCCUUGGCAUCGCGCUUCUCGUCACGCCAGGACUCUGUCAACAGGAUGCGGUGCACAUCACGGCUAUUCUCGGGGAGAGCGUUGUCUUCAACUGUCACGUAGAGUUCCCCGGUGAGCACCCAGUGCCCUACGUUCUCCAAUGGGAGAAGAAGGGGCAGGAGACACCGAUAUACAUAUGGUACGAGUCGUACCCGACCCACAGUGGCGAAGGAUACGAGGGUCGUGUCUCGAGGGUGAGCGAGAAUUCACCGUACGGCCAGGCGAGCCUCAAUCUGACGAAUAUCCGCGAGAGCGAUCAAGGAUGGUACAAGUGCAAGGUCGUCUUCCUCAACAGGUCGCCCAACAGUCACAAGAACGGUACCUGGUUUCAUCUAGACGUCCACGCGCCACCCAGAUUCAGCAUAACGCCGGAUGAUAUGAUAUAUGUGAAUCUGGGCGAUGCGAUAAUACUCAACUGCCAGGCUGAGGGUACCCCGACGCCAGAGAUCCUUUGGUACAAGGACGCGAAUCCGGUUGAGCCCAACGGCCGAGACGUCGGGAUAUUCAACGACGGCACGGAGCUCAGGCUCUCGACGAUCAAGAACGACGACAUCGGCGAUUACACCUGCAUCGCCAGGAACGGGGAGGGCCAGAUUAGCCAUACCGCGCGCGUCAUCAUCGCCGGUGGGGCCGUUAUUAUGGUGCCGCCGACGAAUCAAACGAAGCUAGAAGGUGAGAAGGUGCAAUUUUCUUGCGAGGCAAAGGCACUUCCGGGUAACGUGACAGUGCGCUGGUUUCGCGAAGGCGCACCUGUCACAGAGGUCUCGGCUCUGGAUACCAGAGUGUCCAUCAAGAUGGAUGGUAGUCUGGUUAUCAACCCCGUCAGUGCCGAUGAUUCCGGUCAAUAUCUGUGCGAGGUCACUAAUGGCAUCGGCGACCCUCAGACUGCUAGCGCCUAUCUAAACGUCGAAUAUCCGGCGAAGGUCACGUUUACCCCCACUGUUCAAUACUUGCCGUUCCGUUUGGCCGGUGUGGUCCAGUGUUACAUAAAAGCCAACCCGCCCUUGCAAUACGUGACCUGGACCAAGGAUAAACGCCUACUCGAGCCUUAUCAGACAAAAGACAUUGUUAUCAUGAACAACGGCUCCCUGCUCUUUACACGGGUCAAUGAGAAUCACCAAGGCAGAUAUACCUGCACGCCUUAUAACGCCCAGGGCACGCAGGGCAGCUCGGGUCCGAUGGAGGUCCUCGUACGGAACCCGCCUGUCUUCACCCUUGAGCCGGAACCAGUGUACACGAAGAAGGUCGGAGAAACGGUCGAGAUGCACUGCGAUGCUCAAGAGGCCGACGGAACGCAGAAACCAACGAUACAAUGGCAUCGGAGAGAUGGCGGACCCAUUCAACGCACACGCUCGAAGACUAUCGGUGGCAAUUUAACCAUAGAGAGUCUUCGACGCGCGGAUUUCGGGUUUUAUCAGUGCGUCGCUUCCAACGAAGUUGCCACCAUCUCAGCCUCGACGCAACUGAUCGUCGAGGGAACGCAACCCCAUGCACCUUACAACGUAUCGGGCACUGCCACUCAAUUCGCGGUAACACUAAUUUGGUUACCAGGCUAUUCCGGUGGUCCUGAUUACAAGCAAGAUUAUACUAUCUGGUACAGGGAAUCGGGAACUUCGGAAUGGAAGACAAUCCCCGUGACUCCAUCGGGCAGCACAACGGUAACGAUCAACAAUCUUACGCCUAGCACGCUCUACGAAUUUCAAGUAAUCGGGAAGAAUGCCCUGGGCGAGGGAAUGUUGAGUAAAGUCAUCACAGUCAGGACGCUCGAUGUUAGCCUGCCCCAAUCGGCGACUGAUCAACCCGCCUCUUCGGAUCAAAGUGACAUCGUUGAUUACAAUACCCUCGUAUUACCAACUGAUUCCUCAGGAAACCCCGCAUUUCCGCCAAUCAUACGACCGAAAGGACCAAAGCCAAGUUCUCCCCGGAAUCUCACGGUGACGGAAAUCAGCAACGGUUUCCUGAUAACCUGGCAACCUCCUUCGGAAAAAACCCAUCUUAUCCAAUACUAUACUAUCAAGUACAAGACGGACGGACCUUGGAAAACGCUCAACAAGGGCCAAAUACGACCCGAGGAGACCAGUUAUUUAGUGAAGAACCUGGUCGGUGGUAGGACCUACUAUUUCCAAGUGUUCGCCAACUCAGCGACGAAUUACGGCGCAAGCGACCAGGUGAAGUUUCCCGUGCCGGCUCGUGUUAAGCACAAAGCGAUCACCGCAGGCGUUGUGGGCGGCAUCCUCUUCUUCCUUGUCGCCAUCAUCCUCAGCAUAUGCGCGGUGAAGAUAUGCAAUAAACGGAAGAGACGAAAACAGGAGAAAGAACUGCUUUCAGCGUAUAAUAUGGUGGCCUGCCGGGUCACCGACGCCAGGAACGGCGCAGGGCAGGGGCCCCAGGGAACAGUGCCUUUGAAAAAACCUAGAAAAAGCCGAGUACCAGGUUUAAGCCUUCUGAAGGAGAUCCUGAGCCCGGAUACCCCAGACUCGUGCCGCUGUCGUCCGCUGGGCAAAAUCUCCCGGGCGGCCGACGGCCGCUUCGUCGUGGCGGACUCGGUUAUCAGCUCGGCCAACAACAGCAUCCUGGACGUUUCCAGCAGCGACGACGGUGGUUUCCUGCCAAAGCAACGGCUUAAAUCUUCGUGGCGACGCCCUCUGGUUGGCAUCAGUCAGCUCAGUCUGAGAUCCGACGGUAGCGGUGUGUCCAUAGGUCCCCUGCCAUCAAGCUACCACCAUGGCGUUGUAAAUCCUUUGGCGAGGAUACCGCCUGCGAAUGUUUGUACGAUCACGUCACCUAGAUUCCUGGCCAGUUCGCCGAGUGGGGCUCAGGUCCCCUGGACGCCUUUGUACUUCAGCGAUCUCAGCUCUGUCAAACAACCAUCCUCUGGCGAACGUUCCUUCCCGACGCCGCCCGGCUAUCUCCAACUUCGCAGCGUCCACCAACGAUAUAGCCAGGAGUUACCGUCGCUUAAGGCGAUCCAUGCCGAGUCGAGGCGGUUUGUACCGGUUCAGCCGUUAGCGACAUCUUCACCACCGCAGCCGGCUGGACGACCCAGGGCAAGAUUGCCACCAAGACACGCCAGGCACGCCAGAUCGGCACCGGAACUCGCUGCCUCGCCCGACCUGGAAACCUCGCCUGAGAGUAGAUCAAGCAGUUCGGGUUUCGGCAGUAAGAAUACCUCGCAGCAGAAUCAGAGCUCAAGAAGCGGUAGUACGGUCGCUGAAUGGAGACCACCGCCUUAUAGGCCACCCCCACCGCCGUUAGUGGGUCGCUGGCUUGAACUUCAAAAUCAGACCAAGGUGGGACACACGCACAUACAAAAUGCCGUGGACGCCGGCAGCGUUGACGGCCACUACGAGUUCGAUCCGGUGUCGUGCACGCCGACACCAACAUCGGCCUCGACGCCUACGCGGGAGGAGAGACCGCCGAUGCAUCAGAUCCAUACGAUCCAUGUUCCCCACAUCCAUCAAGUGCACACGGUACAUCAACAAGCGCCGAGGUAUAGCAGAGAGAACAUAGAGGCCCGAGUACAGGCGAUGAAGGCGGAAUUUCAUCAGUUUCGGCAGAGACAGGCGAGAAGACGACAAAGCGAGCACUUGGAAAGUGCAUGUUGAAAAAUUUGAAGGAGGUCUUGACGAUCGACCAACGAUUCCUCAUUAGGGUCGCUGCACCGCAAGUUUAACGAUUGAGUUGAAACGAUUCGAAUGGUUGCAGAGGUUAAAUACAUAAUGUGUGAGACGAAAGUAACUCUCAAGAGAACAGCUAAGAGAAAUCUCAGAGGAAGCUAGUUCGUUUGCAAUUAGAUUUUGGUACUGGCUUUCGACUACCGUAGAAAAUCGCGCGUUUCAACACGGCGACGACAACGUGAUCAUCACCGCAGACCAAUCACAACGCAGCACAACGAGGAUCAUCAUCACACGUGAUUCCACAUUUAGAGGAGUUUAAGUCAAUUCUAGUAGCUGGUCAUCCCAUCUACAAAAGAAGGCUGUUAUAAGCAUCAGCUCAGGAUACAUAAGUUUCGCACGACCACGAGACGGGAGCGAUGUAGUAGAACUAUACGUUAAGACGAUAAUCUUUCGGAGUUUCGCUCGUUUUACCGAUUAAGAAGACCGUCAAGUAUCCUAUGCGGGGAGGGGGGGGGAACAAUCUCGAUAUCAUUUACUCGGGGGGGGGGCUAAUAACCCGGCGACGCCGAUCGCGCUGGGACGAUAAUAGAAACGAAGUGCGUAAACGAAAAUGUUCGAAUCCGAUAAUUAUUGGUCAUAUCCCGCGUACACCAACCACGCCUAUGUCCGGUUUAGAGGACCGUGAUUUUUAACGUUACUAUAUAUAAUAAUGUAGAGGAACAUACGGAAGAAUUCACGGGGGACGAAUAGGGAGAAGACGCUCUUUUUUUUAAAAUUCAGUGAAACUGUCCUUAGAGCUAGAGAGUGCGCAGAAGAGAAUGAGAUACACGCCCGAUUGGCUCAAAGGGAUGCUAAACUGUAUCGAAAUUGUCCCGUAUCGCGAUCGGGACGGAAGAUGACGAGAAGGAAAGAUAGAAAAGCAAAAGAAUGGAAAUAGUUACGUCGGCAUGAUACUCCAAAGAAACUGUACCACUGUACAUGCUCCGCGUAUACCUUUUAAAUAUAAGAUUAAAUUUAAUCGUACGCUGUAAGUAAUAAUUAAAAACGAAAGCAAAACAAAAAAGUAAGAUAAUCGAAGAAUUACCAUACACAUACUCACAUAUACACGCAUACACACAGCAUACACACACACAAACACACAUACACGUACAACACACAUAAAAUAAUUAUAUCGAUGAGCAAUGGACUCGAAACGUGAUAUUAGGCCGAAGCUUGCCUCGAGAUUGCUUAAGGACUCACUCGUACUGCACUGCCUGUUUAGGGUUUCGCUAGCGACCCAACAUAUUAUCGGCACAAUAAUUUUUCUUAAGCAACGUAAAAACGAGAAAAUAAGAAUAACGUUCUUCGAAUCUACACGCGUUCGGCCAGUAUAGCACGACGAUUGUGUGUGUACGUUCACUACGUGUUGAUAACACGCUGAUUUACCGCCUAUCAGCACUCCGGUCGUUCACCGGUCAUCCUUCUUGAAUUAGAUUAGUGACGCGAGCACGCGCAUUGACGACGAACGAUGUCAAUCGGACUCUUAAAAAAAAAAAAAGAACAAUGAGAAUCAUUAGAAAAAAAAAUCUUUCAACUGCCAAUGAAAAAUAGGUCCGACAGUGCAUUCGAUUCAUUUCGUACGAAGCGUUGACGUUGAUUAAAUAACUAGUGUAAUUAAGUGGAGAAGGACAACCGAUAGAGACGUACCGCCGGAAGGCAGGUGCACGUGCACACACACACGCUGAUCAAGCCGAAGUUCAUAUGUAAUUAGAGAGACGAAGGAGUUAAUAAAACACGAAAGCGUACACACCAUACACACAUGACAGACACACAAGAGAUACGUACACUCACAAGCAGCAGACAGAGAACACACAGACGCGCACGUAAUACAAGAGAGGCGUUCUUCGAAACCCACCUAAUUCUCACCAAACGCAUCGGAUCAUCUUGAAUCACGUGAGAUCGAAGGCCGGCAAUCGCCGAUCGCGGGGGGUUCUCGGGCGAAUCUACGGGCUAAUCAUUAUCGAGCUGCGCGACCUAACACGAGAACAUAUAUACUCCGACGAAGGGGUUAACCUGCAGCGGCGCGCUCGUUUUCCCUCUUACACUUUUUUUCUAAUUUUCUCUACACGUGCGACCGUAAAGACACCCCACGUGGGAUCGGCCCGGCCCGCGACUCCCGGCGUUUUACUUUCUUUAUAGUACAAACACUUAUUUAUACAUACGUACGUAUAUUAUACAUAUUUAUUAUAAAUAUUAGCAAGGGCCCUACUCACGAUUCAACUAUACUUCGACGAACCAUAACGGCGAGAGGAAGAGGAAGAAGAUGCGUAACAAGAAGCGGCGUGGACGCCACCAAAACGCUCUAUACGAUUUUUGUUAAAAUAUGCAUGUAUGCGUGUGUAGCGAAGCCGGAUUCAAACCGAGCGAAUAAACGUGAACAAACACGAAUGAACGAGUCUCUUCGAUCAAGACCGCGUUCAGGAACUUCACACGGAUUUAUCCAGGUAUUUUAUCUUUGUUGUUUAUUGUUAAACAAAGAAUGUUAAACAAAGAUAAAGUGAUACCUAGGUGCAUCCUUUAUAAUAUUGCGAUACCAUUUGUAUUCAUCGACAUUGUUCAUUCGUGUAUUUCAUGUUUGAUCACAAUCGUCUGCUCGGCUCGGAUCUAACUUGACGUGCGAGGAAAGAUGAACGUGCGAGAAUACGUGGACGAGUGAAUGAAGUAAGAACGAAAGUAGACUAACGAUAAAGUCGGAUCUAGACCGAGUAAACGAGCGCGAACAAACGUGAAUGAACAACUUGUUUCCAACGAACCGACGUUACGAGCGUACUGGCAAUGUCAUUCGCGGUUAUUGAAGCAAGUUGUUCAUUCACGUUUGUCCGCGCUCAUUUACUCGAUCUGUAUGCGGUUUUACACGUGAGUAAAUGCGGUUGUUAAGACAAAAUAGAGAGCAUAUAAUGUAACAUACACGAUCACGCAGAUAACAAAAGAAUAAAAAAAGGCAUACGAUAAAAGUUAAGAAAUAACGGAGGUGACACGAAAGAGUACCAAUAUUCUAAAGUAAUUCUAAUGGUUGAAUUAAUAAUUUGAUAAUUAAUUGAUAUUGUAAAUUGUAAACGACGUAGCGUGUAGCGUAUUAAUCAACGAGAGCGACGAACGCGACGAGUAUUUAUUAAUUAAUUAUUAUAUCCGGGCGGGAGUAUUACGAUGUGAGAUAAAUAUGUGGAAGGACGGGGGAGGAGGUGCUGAAGGACUCGCGCCGGCAGAAUGGUACCAAUUUUUAUCGUCAAUCGCGUAAAAUCGUUUAAUAUGUUACUAGCGAUAAAAACGUAUUGGAUGCAUGUGAGAUGUAUGUAAUGCUGAGGAUGUAAAAGAGAACAAAUCUCUGUCGAAUCAACGUUCGCUGUAGACGUUGGAAAAACGCUCUUGACAACGUGAUCAUAAUACAUGUUUCGUAAUCAUAUAUUAUACAUGAGAAACACCGUCUCCCCCUUCUGGAUGGAUGUAGCAAAAGGAAGAAUCAUGUACGCGAGAGCAGGUGAUCUAACCAACUGAUUUGUAGAUGUAUAAGUAACGUGUAGAUAUAUCAUAGUUAGAUACAACGAUCUCAAGAGGUCACGCAGUGUGGAUGAGCGUGCGAAAAUGAGAUGGAGAGAGAGAGAGAGAGAGAGAGAGAGAGAGAGAGAGAGAGAGAGAGA